AUGAUUUCUUCACCGGUUAGAAAUGCCCUCCUCUUUUUCACAGUGUCAAUUUCAUUAACUUAUGGACAUACAUAUUCAUUUUAUGAUGACGACGAUGUAGAUGAAUAUGAUACACACAGUCCAUACGACGCUAAUUACCAUGACCAUUGGGAUAGUUUCAAUCACUAUGAUUAUGGAAACUAUGAUCAUGAAAAUGCUGCAUAUUACGACUCUGAGUCUUCAGAAAAUACUGACAAUCAAGUUUCGCUUACGAUGAUGACUCAAUUUAGAGUGGAUUGCAAGAUGAUGAUUAUUUAA